CUUUAUCUGUACGAUGUCAACUUAGGAACAAAGUUAGGGUUUUUCGUUUUUCUUUUUUCUAUUUAACCCUAAUCCCUAAUUUCUCUCUCUUCAUUUCCUUCUUCGGAAUUGCCUCUUCGUUUUCCUACAAUUUUUUCGGAUAUGGCUUCCACUGAUUCUCCAUUGCAACUCGGCUCCGACUCAGCUGUAGUUUCUGUCUGCAUCAAUGAUAUUCUGACCGACGACGAGCUCCGAUCCAUUCUUGAUAAGAUUGGGAGGGACAAAGAUAAGGAGAUUUUUGGGUUAGUUUGCAAGAGAUGGUUGCGAGUUCAAAGCAACGAGAGGAAGAAGCUCUCAGCUCGGGCGGGUCCUCACCUGCUUCGCAAAAUGGCCUCCAGGUUCUCACGCCUAUUGGAAUUGGAUCUCUCUCAGUCUACUUCUCGAUCUUUUUAUCCGGGUGUUACUGAUUCCGAUCUUACUGUCGUCGCUAAUGGCUUCCAGUACUUGAUAGUCCUCAAUCUUCAAUACUGCAAAAGCAUAACUGAUUCUGGAUUAGCGGCAAUUGGAAAUGGUCUUUCGAAACUACAGUCGUUAGACGUGUCUUAUUGCAGGAAGUUGACUGACAAGGGAUUCUCAGCUGUUGCAGAAGGAUGUCGCUACAUAAGAAACUUGAAUCUCGCCGGCUGCAAACUGGUUACGGAUGGACUAUUGAAAACUCUUUCUAAGAACUGUCACAAUUUAGAAGAAUUGGGUCUACAUGGCUGCACUAAUAUAACUGACUCGGGACUAACAGAACUUGUCAAAGGGUGUCAGAAGAUUGAGAUUUUAGAUGUUAAUAAAUGCAGCAAUGUUGGGGACAUUGGUGUAUCUAGCGUUUCGAAGGCGUGUUCAUCCUCUCUUAAGACAUUUAAGUUGUUGGAUUGCUAUAAAAUUAAAGAUGACUCCAUCUUGUCACUGGCUGAAUUCUGCAAUAAUCUUGAGACCCUUAUUAUAGGUGGAUGUAGGGAUAUCUCUGAUGAAUCUAUUCAAAAGCUUGCACUUGCAUGUAAAAGUAAUCUCAGAACUUUGCGUAUGGACUGGUGUUUGAACAUAACUGACUCUUCACUAAGCUGCAUAUUCACUCACUGUAGCAAUCUGGAGGCUCUUGACAUCGGUUGCUGUGAAGAGGUGACGGAUGCAGCUUUCCAUACUUUGGGAAGUGAUGGUAUUGAGGUGAAUUUGAAGGUUUUGAAGGUUAGUAACUGCCCGAAGAUAACAUUAGCCACAAUAAGUAUUCUUGUAGACAAGUGUAAUUCUCUUGAAUAUCUGGAUGUGAGGUCUUGCCCUCAUAUUACCAAGGCUGGAUGUGAUGAGGCUGGAUUGCAGUUUCCUGCAUCUUGUAAAGUGAAUUUUGCGGGAAGUUUAUGUGAGCCAGAUCUUUUUCUUUGAGACCUAAUCUCCCAAUCUUGCAACAAUUCAUCCCCCUGAGUCUUUCAGAAAGCAUUCUUUGAUUGCUUCAUCGGGUAUGCAACCUUCAGUCACAAAUCCUGUUAAUAAGCAUUGUAAUGUCGCCUUUUGGAGGAAUACCAUCAUAAUUUAUAGUGUAGAGUCUGCACGUAGAUUGUUGAUGUACAUUUCAUUUGCUUGUUUUUCCUUCUUCUUUCAACAUUAUUCAUAUGUUGGAAAUUUGUUGCCAUAGUGUGGAUAUUAAUAAUAUUGUUCUUCAUUUUUGUACAAA